AUGAGUAGCUUGGAAGCCGCCAUCGAAACUCACGGUCAGACUCUGAAAGUGGUGAUGGAUCACUUGACGCACGUGGAGAAAAUGCUCGGCCAGGGUAUGCAUACUUCUCACCUCCAAACUCAUCUGCAACAUUUUUCGAUUUCAGGGAUCGUCUUCUCUGGCUCCUCGAAAGGAAAAGAGCUGACAAAGGCGUUGCAAUCGGCGCUGAACGAAGUGGUCGACUGCCUGGACAGCCUGAGAGAGCUGCUCGAGGGAUCGGGAAGAGCUCUCGACGAGCUUUUGCAGAAAAUGGUAAAGAUUGAGCAGAUCUACGGUAGAAACAAUACACGUUUUCAGGAAGAGCAAAACAACGAAAAUAUCGAAAACAUUUCGCCAAUUAUCUGA